AGUCGGAGGCCGGUCCCGGAGUUGGGGGAGGGGAGAAGGAGAGCGCCAUCCGGAAGCCGCGGGUGAAGCGGCCAUUGUGCGGAGGGAGCGGAGUCUGAGCCCGAGUCGGCGGGGGGAGAGCUGCGGCACCGUUUCUAACGGUGAUCGAGGGACGGCGCGGGCGCACAAUUGAUAAACCACCUUCGUUUUUUUUUAAAAAACAAGUUUCACCCACUUUCCUUUUGAAAAAAGAUAGUAAAGGUUCACACAGACACAAAUGUCAGACUUUGACGAAUUCGAGAAACAGUUGCACGAGAACCGACAAGAACGGGAAAAGGAACGACACAAAAAGAAAAGUCGAAGCAUUUCCAGAAGUAGAAGCAGGGAUAAAAAGCGGAGAAGUCGAAGCAGGGACAAACGCAGCAGAAGUCGAGGUGGGCGAAGCAGAAGCAGAGAUAAACGAAGCACAUCACGAGAGCGGAAGCGUCACAGUCGGUCUCCCCGUCGGUCUCGGAGAAAGAAGCCCUACAGGUACUGGGAUGUGCCUCCUCCAGGUUUUGAGCACAUUACCCCAAUGCAGUACAAGGCAAUGCAAGCUGCAGGUCAGAUCCCUGCCACAGCACUGUUGGCGACCUCCUCAGUAGGUGGUGUGACUAUCACACCAACGCAAGUUCCAAUCAUUGGUAGCCAAAUGACCAGGCAAGCCAGGCGACUGUAUGUUGGGAACAUACCUUUUGGUGUCACAGAGGAAGCCAUGGCAGACUUCUUUAAUGCUCAGAUGCGUCUUGCUGGGUUGUCACAGGCUCCAGGGAACCCUGUAUUGGCUGUGCAAAUCAACCAAGAUAAAAACUUUGCUUUUCUGGAGUUCCGUUCAGUUGAUGAAACUACACAAGCCAUGGCAUUCGAUGGCAUCAUCUUCCAGGGUCAGUCUUUGAAGAUCCGACGUCCUCACGAUUACCAACCUCUGCCAGGCAUGUCUGAGCAACCUUCUUUCCAUGUUCCAGGUCCGUCAAAAAAUGCAACAUCUGUGUGCUGGACUUCCUUUGCAGGUUUAAGUAUACUGCAUGCAUCAGAUGUAAUGUCAGGUCACCAAAACGUUAUUCACAUCAGCUAUUUGUUGGCUAAAAUAGAAACAAAAAUCAAAAUAUUCGAACAAAUGUUUAACAAAAACAAAAUUGGAAAAAAUAUGCAGAUACUAUUGCAAACAAAAUGCAAGGAAAGUCAGUGUCAGAACUCGCACAACAGAAUUAUAAUUCUGUGGAUGAGAAACUCCGUGACUAUCUGACUCGGAAUGUAUGAACACUCUGAGUUGAAAUCUGGUCUAAGGAAAAUUAUGUUGACAUCAGAAUGACACUAAAAAAAGAGUCAGAAAUUGUUGUACAACACUAUUGUUACCUGAGGUAACCUUUUCAUAUUCUGUGGAGGAUGGGGGGUGAUAUUGGAGGGUUAGUUCCAAUAAUGUAGAGUUAAGUCAAGAUUAUUUGAACCGUGUGUUUGGAGGCAUCCCUCCCAGGAGACUGCUGACUUUGCUAGAUUCCCACAGUGGAAAAUGGAACGCAGCUGUCAUCAAGCUGUGUGGCUGCAGAACUAGCAGUACAACGAUCUCACAAGGUGCAGAGGACUUGCUCUGACUUGGAUAAGUGGCUAAGCAUCUUCAGACAAGUCACUUAAGAGAAAAUGUGGCAAUAGUUUGGCUAAACCCCUGUUACUUCUGUUAUGUUAGAUGCUGUAAAAUUAAACAAUGUAAUUUGAAUGGAGAUUAAGUAUUGAUAGUAAAUGGG